CUCUGUUGAGAUUCAAAACGUAAACAUGGCGGUGAAAUACUAGACCAAAGCCCACACUGCUGCAUAAUUAUCACUUUUACUCCUCGUCAUGCUGCUCAGAUGACCUUUCUAUUUCGUGUAGAAGACGAAAUAGGGACGUGUUCACCUGCCUGUGCCGGAAAAGUUACCAGAGAUUGCACAUUGUAUUGAGUGCCAUGGAGAGCAAGAGUGCCAGUGAGGGUGCCAGCUGUGGGAGUGAGGGGGGCACCAGUGUGUGUGAGGAGGGGGGGGCAGGCUGGCUCACCUCUACCCCCCACCCACCCCGCCGCCCCCUCCACCACCUCAACACAGCCUCCCCUAGACCUCCCCUCACCCCUUACAGGUACCAUGGGUGCAAAGCAAUACCAGAGGAGAAAGAGGAUCAGGAGAACAUUGAUCCUGCCAGUAAGGGAGUCCAGGAGUCUUGUGCCAGUGUGAAAUCGAGUGGCAUGUCCCCGGAGAACACCAGCGCCACACACACAGGCUCUGGUUCUUCCCCCUUUGCCUACCCUCUAAUCUGGGAGGCGUCACACUCCACCACCUCCUCCAGCCCCUCUGACAAGAAGCCUGGUGUGGACGUGACCAGCUGGAGGAGCCCUGUCAGUCACUACAGGGCCACAGAGAGCCAGGCUGCCAAGGGAGAUGUGAAGGAGGAACAGGACAGGAAGAAUGGGAAGGAAGGAGGUGGGAAGGUGAGAAACAGAAGUGGACCAAGCAGUGAGGUGUCUGUUAGUAAGGUCGCCUGCCAUGGGCCAUCAGUUACGCCAUCCAAGGCCUCACAUGCACAGACACUCAGCAAUGCCUCCUCAGUUUUCCUUACGCCCUCCAGCAGCAUGCACAGCAGUCGGCCGUGGGAGAGUCGCGGCGGACAAACCCCAAAGCAGCAGCGUGUGGCCCUUUCUGCCUCAGCCCACGUCAAUCCGUUCGAGGUGGGAGCGGAGAGCCUGUACCUGUCGGCGGUGAGUCCGUCUCUCUUCCAGCAGGUGGUGUCGCCAAGCCAGAAGACUGACAUCAACUUCCGGUGGUCCAUUGAUCAGAUGGCGGCGCUGCAGCCCGUCAACAUUGAGACGUCGCCCUUCAUGCAAGUGGAGACGUUUGUAGACCCUGAGUAUGAACGCCGUGCCCAGGAUGCUAUUGACAGGUUCUUCACUACACAGCAGUCGGUGAUCCCAAGCCCCUGGACUGGCAGUAACAAGUCUGUCAGUGUGGUGAAGAAGAUGUGUGUGCAGCAGUCCCAGGCCAGCCCCUCCCUGCCUCCCCCUCGCACUCAGACAGUGUGGUGUCAGACAGAGCUCACACUGCCCCCUGUCCUGCCCCCGGCCCUGGAGGAAGCACUCAAGCCCUUCUGUACCUUCACUCAGAAUCAAGCCUGGCAAGGGUCUGGCGAAGGAGACGAGGCUGGCUGUCUUAACAACACAACACUGCGUCGUAAGCUACUGUUUGGGCACGACGACCUGGCCAGCAACACUCCCUCACAGGGCGGCAGUGAGCCCUCCUCCCCAACAGCCCCCCACUCCCUCCACAGUGACCUCAGGAGUCCCACACCAGCGGCAGAGGGACACAAGAUCAUCACCGAGGAGGAGGAGGUGGAAGACAGCGGCUUGGUGUGGUGCACGGCUCCCCUUGGCCCUGGGAGUGUGAGCGAGGGGAUAGAAGGUGGAGGUGUGAUGCGACACUCUCCGCCUACACCUCCCUCAGCCCAUGGCCCUGCGUUGUCCAGCACCACUACACAGGCUACACACAGGCCAGAUACGCUGCUCACUGGGGACAAACUGCUAACUUCUCCGGAUAUUUCGCCAAUCCACCAUCACCAAUACAAUGAUGUGGAAGCAAAACAAACCAUGCCAUCUUGUGUAUCACUAGAGGGAAGCUACCUGGAGCCGCCCCACACCAGCUGCACCUUUACCUUCCUUAAUGAGAUCUCUUCAGUGUCCUGCGGCCCGCACCUCAAUGCCUCGUUAGCCUCAGUUGUCGCUGAGUCGUCAGGCACUAGCAAGGAAUGGAGAAGUGGUGGAGAGAAGCACACAUUUUCAUCCACACACAGCAGCACACAGCACCACCACCACCAUCAACAGCCCUGCAUGGAAGUUAUGGCCUCUGAGAUGCUUAUGAAAACAUGUGAGGAGGCGCAGGAGAAGGAGGAAGAUGAGAGGCAAGACAAGGCAGUUAACAUGAGGGAAAGUUUCUGCUCCCAAUACACAGACCAGGAUAUGAAGUCUCGGUCGCCUGUUACCAGCUCCCCAACAGCACAGCUCAGGUCCUUCUCUAAUUCAGGUCACUUCUCCUCUAGUCCACGGCAAGACCUCUCCCACAGUCCCCUCGAGGUGGACUCCCCCGCCAGGAAGUUCUCAGUCUCACCUCCUCUCUCCCCAAUCUUCUGCCGGCCUCUACUGUUCCCAGCUCAGCCGUCCAGUCGCCCUCAGUCAGUCAGCAUGAAAGAGGUGAAGGGUGGGCUGGGGGUGACCUUGAUGGAGGAGAGCGAGGUGUGUGGUGUCCCUGUGGCCGCCACCACCACACUACCGCGCUGCUCCUCCCUCUGUGAUGUGGAAAUGGACUCUCAGCCUUUAGUGGAGAGCCAUCUAGGAGAGGAGACAGCAAGCCAGGACACAGGGUACCAGACAGCCAGUGCCACCAGCCUUCUCAACAGCAACUACAGCAGCACCACCUUCCCUCAGGACCUGGCACCCUUACACCCCCUGCCAGAGACUACCCAGCACUCCAUACCUGCCACUAGUAAAGAGUGCAGGUCUAGUGUUGUUUAGUAAUAGUUGUUAGGUGAGAGUCCAUGGCCAGCUGUGCUAUGCCUAAGCUCCUCUGUGUGUGUGUGUGUGUGUGUGUGUGUGUGUGGUGCUUUGUUUUGUCUGUCCUGUCUGGGAUUGCUGGCCUGGUAUAUAGAUAGAUAGAUAGACUACUACUACUACUACUACUACUACUACUACUACUACUACUAUUACUGCUACUACUACUACUACUAUCCCUUUCCAUCAGAGACCAGUGGGACUAAGACUGUGUGUGUGUGUGUGUGUGUGUGUGUUGGGUGCUUUGUCAGGGCUGCCCCAUGUGGGACUGCUAGCCUUGUACAGAGAAAGAUAGAGCAAUAAGUAAGAGAUCACUGCCGUAUUAAUAUUGUGAAGCUCAAGUAGAACUUAAGAACAUAAGGGGAGGUGCAAGAAGCUAGUGUACAUUGUUAGAAGCUCUUGUUUAAUGCUUCUAUAUUCAUGUCCAUCUAUCAUUUCCAUCCAUGUAUUGGUGUGGUCUCUAGAAGUUCUCCCUUGGCUCAGCACUAAUACCCUGAAUACUGAGUCUUUUCCAGUUAUCCAACAUAUCUGCGAAGUUGCUGUUGCUGCUAUAACUAAUAAUUGAGUCUGUUCUAAGCAUCUGAAAGCACAUUUGACAAUACAUUUCUUCCAAUUUCCUUUUUAAAUCAAAUUUUUAUCAGACAAGCUUGAAUCUGUUACUUCUUGGCCAAUCUUGAUUAUUAACUGUAUGGAUCUUGUCUGCAUAUUCUUGUUAUAUCUCAUAGGAAACUUCAGUGCCUCCAUCAGAUCCCCUCUUGAUCUUGCCCUGCCCUCAUUACUAAAUCUGAGGAUCUUGUUUGCACCUCCCUUGCUGAAAUACUGUGAUGUAAACUCUGCAAUCGCCUCUUGUUAACGGAGCAGGUGGAGGUGGUGGUGGUGGUGCUAAUGAAGACUUAAGUGUGUGUGUGUGUGUGUGUGUGUGUGUGCGUGCCAUCAGAACAAAUGUACGUAAGCUGAACUAAAGAGUGUUCAUUGCCGUAUAAAGUCCUUAAUGUGUUUUCAGGAGGAUUAUAAGCAAAUGAGGACAAUAUUCAGUGAAAUCUUUAGUGUUUUCAGUGUGACUGAACAAAUGAGUCAAAUAUUCAAUGCCUUAUGAAAUCUUUUGGGUGUAUUUUGAAAAGAGUUUUAUUAUUCAGUGGUUUGUGAAAUCUUUAACAUAUUUUCAGUAUGACUAUGAACAAAUGAGUACAGUAUUGAGUGCCUUGUGAAUUUUUGGUGUCCAAGUCUUCUGUAUGAGUGUGAGAAGAGCUAUUACAAUUUUUCACUGCCUUAUGAAGACCUCUGUGUGUUCAGUAUAAGGGGAUUAGGACAGUAUUUGAUGCCUUAUGAAUUGGUAAUGUGUGGCUUUACUGUGUGAGCUGAAAUAUGCAGUAUUCAAUGCUUUAUGAAGACUUGUGUGUGUUUUCAGUGUGAGUAUAAGGGCAUUAGUAUUUGGUACCUUAGGAAGUCUUGAAUGUAUGCUUUUAGUAUGUGAGCAAAUAUAUACAGUAUUCUGUCUAUGCUUUGUGAAGACUUGUGUGUUUUCAGUAUGGGUAUUAGGGAUUAGGAGAGUAUUGGAUGCCUUGUAAAGUGUUUAGUGUGUUUUCAAUAUGAGCGUGAACAAAAUCUUAGUGUUCAAUGCUUUUAAUUUUCAUUAGUGGAUGUUAUCUGUUAAUCUUUUGCACUGCUCACUUUAGCUAUAGAUUCCUUCCCUUAUUGGCUUGUUAUGCAUUUAGACUGAUUUGUUUGCUUUACAGGUUUCAAAUAAUAUAACUUCUUUUUAACUUGUGGGAAAAUAAAGAAAACAAAUCUGAUAAACUUGAGGUAGUAAGUUAAUAAUUUUUUAUUGAUUCAGGUGAGAGUAAAUAUGUUUGAUUGGGACAUUGUAUUUGCAUCCUUUUACUUUUUAUCUCAUCUUUACUUUUUUUAUAUGUGAAGAAAGCUUGGGAAGGGCAUAGAAAUAGAGAGAGAGAGAGAGAGAGAGAGAGAGAGAGAAGAUAGGAUAAAUUCCCAGAAAAGUGAUUGAAAAGAAUGUCAGAUACCAAAUAUAAUAAGUAUUCAAUCUGAAACUUUUACUGUAUGUGACUGAAUUGUGAAAGUAUAGAUGACUGGAUGUGUUAAUUAAGUUUGACAUGGACUGACUGAAGAGCAAUUGACAAAUGGUUAUUGUUAGAUUUAUGAUUGCAUAGAAAAUAUAUAUGUGUUUAUUAUAAAA